AUGGUGAACCAACUCCAGGUCGGGCCCCGUGGAGUUAUUUAUUCUCUGGAGGCGCCGAGAAGGGGCAGUGCCGUGGGGAAACAGCCAGUUGCUGUCCUGGCCUCGUGCGACCCCCAGGACCCCGGGGCAAGUGCCGUGAGCGCGACCGGUGAGGCCGAUCACGAGUGGGAAGUGAGGGCUUUAGCCCGAGAGAAGCUGCAGCUGUCUCGGGUAGAGGGGCAGCUUUGGAGGCGGCCAGGAGCAGGCGAGAACAGCUAUGGGCUCCGCGUUGUUGCGUCCGAGCCCCAGCUCACUCCGGUUCCAGGUCCGCCGCCUGGCGUGCUCGGCGCCCAGAUUUAG